AUGGCAAGUCAGUUCUUAAGUGCAAGGUUCAUUGGGCCUUUUGAAAUUUUGGAACGUAUCGGCCCAGUCGCGUAUAGGUUGGCCUUGCCACCAUCGUUGGCAGCGGUUCACAAUGUGUUUCACGUGUCUAUGCUGAGGAGGUACAUUCAUGACCCUUCACACGUUUUGGACCCUGAACCAUUACAAUUAGAUGAGUCCUUGUGCUACGAAGAGGUACCCGUCAAAAUUUUGGCAAAAGAAACCAAGUUGUUAAGGAACCUGACGAUUCGCUUGGUUAAGGUUUUGUGGAGAAACCACCAAGUGGAAGAAGCUACUUGGGAGCGGGAGGAUGAUAUCAAGGCGAGAUACCCUGAACUGUUGGAACAGUCGACUUUCGGGGACGAAAGUUUUUGA